AUGCAACUUUUCCGCUGUCGCCCAGCGCUCGCACUUGUUACCGGUGGCAAGACCCCGCAAGCUGUGCAACAUCGCUGGUCGUCAGCUCGCAGUGGCAACGGCAGUGAUGUCGACGAGGAGGAGCUGCAGAAGGCCAGGGCGUGGCUCGCUGCGCUACAUGCAGAGGGGAUCCCUCUCAAGACGAUUGGCGCAUUGAGCUUCAGCAGGUCGUCCGGCCCGGGCGGGCAGAAUGUGAAUAAAGUAAAUUCUAAAGCUACUUUGAGAGUACCCCUCGGAGCUCUCCUGAACCAUGUACCCACAGCUCUCCAUGCGGAGCUGAGCCGCUCCCGCUACGUUGCGGCCAAGUCGAGCGAUAUCAUAAUCCAAGCCGACGACAGUCGCAAGCAGAACGACAAUGCGCAUGCUUGCUACAAGCGACUGUACGAUGCCAUUGUUGAGGCGGGGCGGAACGCAGUCCCUAAUGAAACAUCCGCGGAGCAGCAGCGCCAUGUCAAGCAUCUACAAAAAGCUGACAACGAGCGCCGAAUAAAGUUUAAGAAGCAACAGAGCGCCAAGAAGAGUGCGAGAAGAAGCUGUGGAGACGAUUGAAGUGGCCCAGGACGUGGCCCAAGGGAUAUAUUGACCACGAAUGGUGAAGUGCCUUUUCGACUCGUCGGUCGUAGGUCUAUAGCUUCGCACAGGUGACGUGGUCAAGCGCUGUACAAUGACUGCCGU